AAUCGGAUCUAUGCGGAAGGUUUCUUGUCUAGCUCUACUGCCAAAAUAUUAUCAAUGCUUCAAACAAGCACAAACUGUUGAAUUGUGUCAACUGUGACCAUAGACUUAUAAAGAGUCUAUGACUGUGACCACGGUCGACUGUGACGAAUGACGGCUGUGAUGUGACGUGCACUCCAGUUUUAGUUUGGAAUUUUUCUGGCUGAUCAUUAGGGCGAUCAAUUAAUUGAGGGGAAAUAUUGAUUAUAAUGAUAAAGCCUCACUAUACGAAGGAUUAUUCUUCAGGAUUUUGCAUAUAGCGCGGUAAACUCAUCACGUUUAGUACCUGCUACGCACUUUAGUCUACGGAGUAUACAUAACUUCAUCAUGGAACCUAAACCAGUUGGCGAGGCUGAAUUGAAAGAACUGAAGGACCGCAUGAAUCUUAUUGUCAGUGCAGAUCCAUUGCAGUACCACAAUGAGUUUUCGUUAAAAAGAUACCUACGCGCCUUUAAAACUGUUGAUGCUGCUUUUCAGGCAAUUCUGAAAACGAAUUCGUGGCGUGUUGAUUAUGGUGUGACUACCCUGACUCGAGACUCGCCAGUGGUUAAGAAUAAUCUGAACAAAGCAAAAGUUCUCCGACAUCGCGAUAUGCAUGGUCGACCAGUAAUAUACAUACCUGCCAAAAAUCAUAAUCCAAACGAGCGAGACAUUGAUGAAUUGACCAAGUUCAUCGUAUACUGUUUGGAGGAUGCCUGCAAAAAGUGUUUCGAAGAAGUAAUCGAUAAUUUAUGCAUUGUUUUUGAUCUCAAAGACUUUGGAAUAAAUUGUAUGGAUAAUCAACUUAUAAAGAACUUAAUCUGGCUACUCUCCCGCCAUUAUCCAGAGCGCCUUGGCGUCUGUUUGAUCCUGAAUGCCCCGACAUUGUUCUCCACAUGCUGGGCUGUAAUAAGAGGGUGGUUGGACGAAAAUACGUCGAGCAAAGUUUUUUUUGUCAAUACGGACAUUGAGCUGUGCUCGUAUUUGAUCCCUGACAUUUUACCAACCGACAUGUAAUAUAUAGCGCAGCUCAAUUAUGAUCAAAAAUAAAAAUAUACUAGACAAUUGAAAAGAACAACUUAUCUGCCGAAUAAAUUCGUCAAUAGAGAGCAGCUUGUCUGGAUGGUUCAAGAGUAUGUAUUCCAAAUGUAACAUAGUGUUCAAAUGUGAUUAUCAUUGUUGAGAAUUUCAACGUGAUUUCAAAAAUGAGUGGAAACCGAUUACAUGAGAACAUAACUAACGUCUAUCGGUACCUGAGAUAAAAGCUUUCUCACUUUAAAGUAUAUCAUAUAAAUAACGGAGUUUCUAGUAGUAUUUUUUAAUAUAUCGAAAGUCCGGAAUCCGUUUCCCGAGGAAAUUUUUUUUUAAUUUAUUUUUUGUCUUAUUUUUACUAUAUUUUACGAACCUGUAGGUUUAAGACUUAAUUUUUUUGUAAUAAUAUCUCAUAGAUUUAUCCUUGAUAAACAAGUUUUGUUCUAUGACUAGAAUGAUGCCAUACCAUUCUAAUCCAGGAAAGAGUCAACACAUAGCGUUAAAAAACUGAUAAGUCCACCCAGUGGUUGCGUAUUAAACCUCGUCAAAUAAUUAUAAGUAUAUUUCAUUUGCAUUACUAUGAUGCACGGAUCAACAUUCUUAUGAUUGUAAGGCUUAGUCAGAAAAGAAAUUAUGAAUCAUAACUGCUACCCAUCAUACUGUUCAAGUAUCAGUUUCUUCUAAUACCCUAUUUAAAUGACAUUAUGAGGUAGUCGUAAGUGAAAUAUAUACAGUGCUGUUACAUUUUUUGGAAUUUUAUUUGUUUUAAAUUAUUGCUAUAGUUUACUUGAAUGGUAUAUGUUAUUGGCUGGUGGAAAGCAUAGUUUGUGACAAUUUUUAAUUCAAGAAAUCAGUUAAUCAUUGUGAUUAAUUGUUAUGAUGAGUUGAUACGGUAAUGCAUAGCAAUCAAUACGAACUGCACAAUACUGUAUUGCAGUCCUCUGUGUAAACACGUCGUAUUGUAUUCUGUACAGUCUUGCUUUGAAUCAGUCAAUCAAAACACAGAAAGUAAUGCAUACCGUGUGAUACAUAUGAUUUAGAUUAGCGCAAAUGAAAACAUGCAGGGACAAUAAAAUAUACUGUUUAACAUUUCACAAUAGAAAUAUCAACCUUAUCACUAACGUGUAAAACUAAAAUCUAAUGGUUAACCGUUAGAUUUUCCGUUCUCGUUAAGUAGCGAUAAAUAACGAUGUUCAAAACUAUUAUUUCUAUUGUCCUGUACUAAUUAUUAUUCAAAUGUACCCUCCAGCGGAUUGGCGUUAAUUAAAAAAUGACAUAAUCAAAACAUAAACCUUUGGAAUGAACUGUUCAUGUCAGACCGAUUCUUCACCCAUUGCCUCCAAUGAAAUUACGUAUGCUAGCUCACGAUCAUACCUCGCUAAAUAUGAACAUACAUGUGACCAAUGAAUAAUGUAUUUUUCAAUAAAUCAUUCUGCAGUGCCAUAUCUUUUA